AUGCUGCAUUCCAUGUCACCAACGACGCCAGGACUACCAGGCCUACCGCAUCCCUUCGCCAGCCCCAACAGCACACAUACGCGAGGAUUCAAGCGCUCGGCAUCUAGCGACGACGAAGAAAAUGGCGACGGUGAUACGCGGCCCUCGUCGUCAUCGCGGCGCAAUACCGCGGUGAAGCGCGCUUGCAAUGAGUGUCGCCAGCAGAAACUCAAGUGUAAUGUCCAACAAGACCCCUUCGUCAGUUGUGCGCGAUGUCAGAAGCAGAACCUGCGAUGCGUAAUCGAACCCAACUUCAAGCGUGUCGGAAAGCGCAAUAGAAAUGCCGAGAUGGAGAAGGAGAUGGAGUACUUGCGUGAGCGACUCGCCAUGUAUGAGGGCCAAUCCACGCCGAACCAGCCAGUCUUGAAUGCUCCUCAGCAAGCAUCAGACAACCACGGCUUCACUCCCGGCCCGGUCCCCAAGUUGGAGGAUGAAGCAUUCCUACAAACACAACAUACACAAGUGGCAGCGACGUCUCUGCUGGACUUGCGCAGCGGUUCGCCCAUGUUCUUCUCGCUUGGUGCGGGCGAAGUGCGACUGGGUCAUAGCGAAGUCAACGAGCUCUUCACAGAGUACUUCCAGCUCUACCAUCCAUUCUUGCCAUUCCUAGAUCAAGUGCGCUCGCCAGAGGAGUAUUACUCGCAGGACCACAAGCUGCUGUUCUGGGCUAUAAUCGCUGUCGCGGCACGGCGUUAUGGACCACGGCCGUCUCUGCUGAAGGAUCUCUCCAAGCCGCUGAGUGAUCUCAUCUGGGACUCGAUUCGAAACCAACCGAACCACCACGUAGUCAAGGCGUUAUGUCUGCUCUGUACUUGGCCACUUCCGGCAGAGCGUACAGUAACAGACCCAACCUUCAUACUAUGCGGCGCCAUGAUGCAGGUUGCCAUGCAGAUUGGUCUGCAUCAGCCAACACACCCAGACGAUUUUUCUAGGACAAGGAUGCAGCUGCGGCGUGAGGAUAUACACGAUCGGCUGCGAACGUGGGCUGUUUGCAACAUUGUUGCUCAAACGGUGUCUACAGGAAACGGACAGCCUUCGAUAACGCUUUACGAUUCGACCCUGGACUUCAAAGUAGACGACGAAGAGCACAUGCGCAUAAUACCACCAACGCUGUUUGUCCGCCUGCGCCAGGAAAUGGCGGCGAGCAGGAUCAAUAAGCUCCUAUACUCUGCCAACAGCCAUCGCUUUGCAGAAGGUGCCGCGAUAAGCUACAUGAGCCUUGAAGCAGAUCGCCUGAAAGAAGAGCGUGUGAAGGAAGAAAAUAGCUCCCUUGACGGAGUGGACAGUGGCUUGGAAGAACUAUAUCACUAUGCUGUCUCACUACAUCUCCACCUAUACUCAUUCUUCAGUCCGGAACUUCGCCUCGAACGGCGAGACGAUCUUGUCGCAUUGUACUUUGCCGCAACGGCCUACCUCGAGCGCGUCUUCAAACUGCAGCGGGAGGGCAGGCUACUCUACGUUCCGUACUACGUCAUGCAGAUGGCUCUUGCGGCUGGGUUUGCGUUGCUCAAGCUCCUCAACUCAGACUUCGCCAGCAAAUUGCCCGCGGACAAAGGUCGCCAGUUCGUUCUACAGACUGUGGAUGCGUUGAGGAAAUCCAAGGUGUGGGCUAACGAUCUCUUGGAUCGAUUUGCAGAAGUGUUGGCGCAACUAUGGAAGGAGAGUUCCCGUGGACGCAGCCUACACAGCCUAUCACAAUCGCCAUCUAUCAGCAACUCUGGGAUGAAUUCCAUGUUCAACCAUCACAACCAGCAGCAACACCAGCAGCAGCAGAGUCAGAGGCGGGGUAGUACUGGUAUGUUGGAUGAUCCUCUCGGCCUAAUCAUUCGCAGUCGAAUGAGCAUGAGUGUGGUAUUUGACUGCGCGUGGCGUUGGCGAGAGGCUCAGGUCAGUGGUGCUGCGGAACAACUCGAAAAUACAGUCAUGACAAACCCCACGAACCCGGACUCUUCAAGCAACUCGACACCACCCCCUGGCGUCGUUGUCGAGAAUCCAGCUCAUACCCUCCCCAACUUCAAUCCACACAUCAAUACGCUGAGUAUGCCUCUCCAAUUGACGAACGGUAUGGCUAGCGCGAAUAGUUUCGAAAUGUUCGACUCAGUCUCGUGGCUGCUAGAUACCCAGCCAGAUUGGACGUACGGUAGCGGGAACUUUGGGAACGACUUUGGUGUUUAG